UUCACUGCUCGGAGUACGAGUCUUCGCUCGUUCCCCGCGCCGGCGAUCCCAGUUUUCUGUCUCCUGCGGUUCGCCGCCCCGCUAGCCGCCGCGAUGCCGGUGUUUCAUACACGCACGAUCGAGAGCAUCCUGGAGCCGGUGGCGCAGCAGAUCUCGCACCUGGUGAUCAUGCACGAGGAGGGCGAGGUGGACGGCAAAGCCAUCCCUGACCUCACCGCGCCCGUGGCCGCGGUGCAAGCGGCCGUCAGCAACCUCGUCCGGGUGGGGAAAGAGACUGUUCAGACCACUGAAGAUCAGAUUUUGAAGAGAGACAUGCCACCAGCAUUUAUUAAAGUUGAGAAUGCUUGCACCAAGCUUGUUCAGGCAGCCCAGAUGCUUCAGUCAGACCCUUACUCAGUGCCAGCUCGAGAUUAUCUAAUCGAUGGAUCAAGAGGCAUUCUUUCUGGCACAUCAGACCUGCUCCUUACAUUCGAUGAGGCUGAGGUUCGUAAAAUUAUUAGAGUAUGCAAAGGAAUUUUGGAAUAUCUUACAGUGGCAGAAGUGGUGGAAACUAUGGAAGAUUUGGUCACUUAUACAAAGAAUCUUGGACCAGGAAUGACAAAGAUGGCCAAGAUGAUUGACGAGAGACAGCAGGAGCUCACCCACCAAGAACACCGAGUGAUGUUGGUGAACUCAAUGAACACGGUCAAAGAGUUGCUGCCAGUUCUCAUUUCAGCUAUGAAGAUUUUUGUAACAACUAAAAAUUCAAAAAACCAAGGCAUAGAAGAAGCUUUGAAAAAUCGUAAUUUCACUGUAGAAAAAAUGAGUGCUGAAAUUAAUGAGAUCAUUCGUGUAUUGCAACUCACUUCUUGGGACGAAGAUGCCUGGGCGAGCAAGGACACUGAAGCCAUGAAGAGAGCGUUGGCCUCCAUAGAUUCCAAACUGAACCAGGCCAAAGGUUGGCUUCGUGACCCCAGUGCCUCCCCAGGGGAUGCUGGCGAGCAGGCUAUCAGGCAGAUCUUAGAUGAAGCUGGAAAAGUUGGUGAACUCUGUGCAGGCAAAGAACGCAGGGAGAUCCUGGGCACCUGCAAAAUGCUGGGGCAGAUGACUGAUCAAGUGGCUGACCUCCGAGCCAGAGGACAAGGAGCCUCACCGGUGGCCAUGCAGAAAGCCCAACAAGUGUCUCAGGGUCUGGAUGUGCUCACAGCAAAAGUGGAAAAUGCAGCCCGUAAGCUGGAAGCCAUGACCAACUCAAAGCAGAGCAUUGCGAAGAAGAUUGAUGCUGCUCAGAAUUGGCUUGCAGAUCCAAAUGGUGGACCAGAAGGAGAGGAACAAAUACGAGGGGCUUUGGCAGAAGCUCGGAAAAUAGCGGAAUUAUGUGACGAUCCGAAAGAAAGAGAUGACAUUCUACGUUCCCUUGGAGAAAUAUCUGCUUUGACUUCAAAAUUAGCAGAUCUGCGAAGACAGGGAAAGGGAGAUUCUCCAGAGGCCCGGGCACUGGCCAAACAGGUGGCCACAGCUCUGCAGAACCUGCAGACCAAAACCAAUAGGGCUGUGGCCAACAGCAGACCCACCAAAGCAGCUGUCCACCUUGAGGGCAAGAUUGAGCAAGCCCAGCGAUGGAUUGAUAAUCCCACAGUGGAUGACCGGGGAGUAGGUCAGGCUGCCAUCCGGGGGCUUGUGGCCGAAGGGCAUCGUCUAGCAAAUGUCAUGAUGGGGCCUUAUCGCCAAGAUCUUCUUGCAAAGUGUGACCGAGUAGACCAGCUGACGGCCCAGCUGGCUGACCUUGCUGCCAGAGGGGAAGGGGAGAGUCCUCAGGCGAGAGCACUUGCAUCUCAGCUCCAAGACUCCUUAAAGGAUCUGAAAGCCCGGAUGCAGGAGGCCAUGACUCAGGAGGUUUCGGAUAUUUUCAGUGAUACCACAACUCCCAUCAAGCUGUUGGCAGUGGCAGCUACUGCCCCUCCUGAUGCACCUAAUAGAGAAGAGGUAUUUGAUGAGAGGGCAGCUAACUUUGAAAACCAUUCAGGAAGGCUUGGUGCCACUGCAGAGAAGGCGGCUGCUGUUGGAACGGCUAAUAAAUCCACAGUGGAAGGCAUCCAGGCAUCAGUGAAAACGGCACGAGAACUCACACCCCAGGUUGUCUCGGCUGCUCGCAUCUUACUUAGGAAUCCUGGGAAUCAAGCUGCUUAUGAACAUUUUGAGACUAUGAAGAACCAGUGGAUUGAUAAUGUUGAAAAAAUGACAGGGCUGGUGGACGAAGCCAUUGAUACCAAAUCUCUGUUGGAUGCUUCUGAAGAAGCAAUUAAAAAAGACCUGGACAAGUGUAAAGUGGCCAUGGCCAACAUUCAGCCUCAGAUGCUGGUCGCUGGGGCAACCAGCAUUGCUCGUCGGGCCAAUCGGAUCCUGCUUGUGGCAAAGAGGGAGGUGGAGAACUCUGAGGAUCCCAAGUUCCGUGAGGCUGUGAAAGCUGCCUCUGAUGAAUUGAGCAAAACCAUCUCCCCGAUGGUGAUGGAUGCAAAGGCUGUGGCUGGAAACAUUUCCGACCCUGGCCUGCAAAAGAGCUUCCUGGACUCGGGAUAUCGGAUCCUGGGAGCUGUGGCCAAAGUUAGAGAAGCCUUCCAACCUCAGGAGCCUGAUUUCCCACCUCCUCCCCCAGACCUUGAACAGCUUCGCCUAACAGAUGAGCUUGCUCCUCCCAAACCACCUCUGCCUGAGGGUGAGGUCCCUCCACCCAGGCCCCCACCACCAGAGGAGAAGGAUGAAGAGUUCCCUGAGCAGAAAGCUGGGGAGGUGAUUAACCAGCCAAUGAUGAUGGCUGCCAGGCAGCUCCAUGAUGAAGCUCGCAAAUGGUCCAGUAAGCCGGGUAACCCAGCCGCUGAGGUGGGUAUAGGUGUUGUAGCUGAGGCAGAUGCUGCUGAUGCUGUUGGGUUCUCUGUUCCCCAUGACAUGGAAGACGAUUACGAACCUGAGCUGCUGUUAAUGCCAUCCAAUCAGCCGGUCAACCAGCCCAUUCUGGCCGCGGCUCAGUCAUUGCACCGGGAAGCUACCAAGUGGUCUAGUAAGGGCAAUGACAUCAUUGCAGCAGCCAAACGCAUGGCUCUGCUGAUGGCUGAAAUGUCUCGGCUGGUAAGAGGGGGCAGUGGCACCAAGAGGGCACUGAUCCAAUGCGCCAAGGACAUUGCCAAGGCCUCAGAUGAGGUAACUCGGUUGGCGAAGGAGGUUGCCAAGCAGUGCACAGAUAAGCGGAUUAGAACCAACCUCUUACAGGUGUGUGAGAGAAUCCCAACUAUAAGCACCCAGCUCAAAAUCCUGUCCACAGUGAAGGCCACCAUGCUGGGCCGGACCAACAUCAGUGAUGAGGAGUCUGAGCAGGCCACAGAGAUGCUGGUUCACAAUGCCCAGAAUCUUAUGCAGUCUGUGAAGGAGACUGUGAGAGAAGCAGAAGCAGCUUCCAUCAAAAUUCGAACAGAUGCUGGAUUUACACUGCGCUGGGUUAGAAAGACUCCCUGGUAUCAGUAGGGCCUGGGCCAAACAUGGCUGGCACAGAAACCUCUACUAAACAGAAGGAAAAUUAUUUGAGUCCCAGGAGCCUCCCAGCAUUACUGGGGGGUUGAAAGCCACAUCCUGGCCUGUCACAUCAGAAAGGAAAGGGGCCUCUUCACAUUAGAAAACAUUAUUUACUCUUUUGUCAUGGAGGACACAUUUUGAAACUGUCUCCGUAUAAAACCUGUAUUCUCAAACACAGUUAUAUUUGUGCACACUCUGUCCCACUAGGCAGACCGAGUCUCUAGCCCCUAGCCCAUGGACUUAUUAUCAUAAGCUCAGAAUCCAAGAGUGAACACUAGCCAGGCAUCAUUCUCUGUCCCUGUCCUCCAAAGGACAGUUCCUUCAAAGAAGCCUUCUCUACUUCCUAUUCCCUGGCUCCAUUCUCCCAUCCAGGCUUCUAAGACCCAGGGCCCAAGCAAGUCACUUAAGAAGGAAAUCACUGUGCCUCCAAAGAUUGUUUUGAGCUUUCCAUGUUGCUGCUGACCCUGCCUGCCUUGCCUGGGCUGUGCUACCUGGGUCCUUUUCAGAAGUGAGCCUUGCUGCUGCAGGGGAAGGUGGCCUCUGGGGAGGCCCAAUAUCUGGGGUUUAGACUCAUGUUUUGCCCUUCCCUGAUUUAAUCUUUCUCGUUUUCCACAGUGCAAAACCAAAUUUCAUUCUGUCAGGAGUAAAUCACAGAAUCACACGAUUCUGUCUUCAGCAUGCCCCAGAGCAAUGGCUGUGCUAGGGAAACCUUGGCCCCGUUUCCUGCCUUGGCCUGCCAAAGUGGCCAUCGCAGGAACAUACUGUGUGUCCUGGUGCUCUUUGUCACUGGAGGGGCAGAGUAGCAGGGGUAUAGUCCUGCCAUCCUCCCAGGGGGGCUACUCCCAGGCGCUCCACGCUUUGUCACUGCCUGCAGAGGUCUGUGCUGAGGCCUUAUCAUUUAUUCUAAGCUCUUAUUGUUCUUCUGAGCUGAAAUGCUGCAUUUAAUUUUUAACCAAAUUAUGUUUCCUAUCCUGGCUUUUAUUAUUCUUCCUCCAUCCCCUUCCUAAACAAGAUUUUUAAAGAUAUAUAGGUGUUUCUUCAUCUGUAAUUUUAAAAGAUCCUUUUUAUUCUUCUCAAAUUCAGUCCUAAGAAUUGGUGCUUGCCCCUUGAGUGUUUAAUGGGAAGUCUGAAGGACAGUUCCUAGGGAGAAUAGUAGCUGCAGACUAGAAUUCUGGCACUGCUGGGAUUUACAUGAUGAAUCAAUGGGAAAUACUCUUCUGGAAUUCCUGUCUCCCUUCAACUAACAACAAAGCCCCUUGCAGUCCAUCCACAAGUGUGACUGUUUGAGAGUAAAGGGUAUAAUGUUUAAUUAUCAUCAUAGUAAGUUUCCUAUUAAACAAAGUGAUUUUUUUUGCACUUACCACUGCUAUUUAAGCAUUCCCCAGCAUGAAAGGAUGUACUUCCCAAAGCCAGAACCAGAUGAAUAUAAGAGUAAGAACCCCUACCUGAAUGUCAUUUCCUCCCACCCCCAAUGACAGACCCCAACACUGAAUGUGUAAAACUUAAGUUGGUCCUGCACACUAAGAUUUCUAUUUCCUUAACUGAUGAACGUUAUUUUCAAGGUCCUCAGCAUAUUUGUGUAGUUGCUUAUCUGAUAUAAAUGCAAUAUUAAUGCCUUGAAAGUAUGAAUCUAUGCCAAAGAUCACCUUUUGUUUUACUUUACUAAAGAUGACUUAGAGGAAAUAAGAAAAAUCAUGUUUGCUCUCCAAGUUCUUCCAGAGUUUUAAGUCACUGGUUUAUGCCAGAUGUGCUUUGCAAUAUCAAUGCUCAAGACACAGUGAAGCAAAGGAAAAAGUAAUUAAAUCCUUGAAUGAUGAUUACAGAUGUCACCCCUAAAAUAUUACAUUUUUAAGCUAGGAUUUGUUAUAUGCAAAUAUUUUCUGCCUCUUUUGUUCUGUUUAAACAAUAAAGUGCAUUUGUAUAAAAAAAAAAAAA